AUGGAUUUUGGAAAGCCGGGCAUGGAAGCAGAUGCUUUUAAGGAGGAAGAACAUAUGUCACAACGGACUGCCAAUGAUCUGGCAAGCAUCGUACCAUCUUCUAAAAUAAUAACUGAGAAGGUCACACCUUCUUUAUCCCCAGGUUGGGUUGACAACAUGAAUGAGCCCUCUGGCAAGCAGUGUCCACUUUUAUACAGUUCAGAAGCCAGUGGUAUGAUGGGCAACAUUAAUGACUCCACAGAUAACUUGGGCCAUGACCAAGCUUUUCAGCAUGCAAGGCAAUUAUGUUAUUUGGCCAGCUCUGAUUUUUUUCCUCAAAAGCUGGCUUCCAGAAUUCAUGAUGCAAGUGACACCUUGGAAGUUUUCACUCCUCCUCUGCUCCCUACCUCCGAGCCUGUCAUGAACCAUUGUGCUCCCACCUACAAAAACACGGAAGAGACUCCAGGGCAGCAGGACCAGGUGAUGAGGCAGCAUAUGGAGCAGCUGCAAAGGCUGGUGGUUGAACAGCAGAAAAUCAUUGCGCUUUACAACCCAGGCUUUUCUGUUUCUCCUGGGAUACCUUCCCACCAAGUAGCUACGAUGCCACCCCUUCCGUGCUUUCCGGCUACUUUCAUUCCUGUCCAGUUCCCAUCAGAAAAUUCUUCCCAAGUUGAGAUCCUGGAGCGCUUACAGACCUCUCCCUUGGCAAUGCACUCUGCUCGGCAAGGCAGAUCCCCGCUGUUCAUGCCAAAUGAGAGUAGUUCAGAAAUCUCAGGAGAGCACAUGCAGCUUUCAGAUUCAGGGAUAAGCACCGAGCCAUUGCUUCAGUGUACUCGGAACCCUACAAAAAAACUUUCCAGACAAGAUGCUCAAGAAGAGAACAGCAAAGAAGACAAAGAUAACAGUCAAUUAAAAGAAAGGAGUUUCCCUGAAACUUUUUCUGUUGUCAAAGGAGAACAAAGAGAACGUGUAAAGGAAGAGGUUCCUCCAUCUCCCUUUGGCAUAGAUGGGAAGAUGAAGACUGGAAACAUAGAAGACAGGCCAAUCACACCAGCAAUUGGUUUUAGACAGAAGCCUUCUGAAGAAUUUGUUGAAAAGCAACUUAUAGUAGACAAUCAUCUCACAGCAAAACAGCAGAAGGAGCAGCAGAGCAGGGCAAAAGUAACAAUUCAGAAGGCUUUUCUGAAACGAAAAGAUGGUAUAGCAAGGCUCAAAAAAAAGAAACAGAAGCCUUUGAAAGAAGACAGCAGGCAUUCCAGAAGAGCUGGUUUGGACUGGUGGGGUCAUUUCUCCCAGCCUGGCCAAGUGGAUGCAGGCAUAUUGCAGCCUGGCGGAUGCUCUCAGUUAAAUCUGCAGGUCAGUAGCUCCGUGCAAAUGAGUACACAUGAAAAAAAGACAGGCUGUGCUUUAGCUGAGCUGGAAAUGAAGGCUCAGACUGACUGCAAAGCAAAAGUAGUUGAGCAAAGUGCAGAAGAAAAAGAAGUGAUUGGGAGAGAUGAAGAUGCAAAGGAAAAUCCUGUUGACUCACCACAGAGAAAGUGGCCUGAAAUCCUGCAAUCAUGUCCUGAAACAAUAACAGAAAUGAACCUACAAGUAGGUGAGGAAAGGGAAACUCAUCAUAUGGAUUCUCCAAGGCAAGCAGGCAGAACCGAUGGAAGACCUGUAGCGGGUACCCUGCAAAAGGACCUAGGUAGGGCGGAUCAGCCUCUGAAGGAUCAUCUCACAGAAGGAGCAAAAAACCCCUUGGGAGUCCUGCAAAAGCAUUCUCCACUUCAAGAUUUAGAAACAGAUCGCAUCAAGAAGCCAGAGAUGAGUGCAGGGCCUGCAUUCACACAGGGCCAGAAGUGGGUUCAGAUAUGCCCACAGGAACUUGUUUUGGGGAGCCAGAGCUCAGAAAGCAAAAGACAAAUCCAUACUGGGUUUAAGAUGGUAAAUGAUAAGAUAGUAAAAAUUACAUGUAGCUCACCGGAGGCUGUGGAGAAGGGAAGCUCAUCCUCAGCCUUGCAGCAGAAGUGUCAAAGGAAGGGCACAGCUGCUUUGACGUGGCCUGUUGCAUCUUCAUCCUGUCAGUCAAGCUGCUUAUCCUCCAACAGUGAUGAUGACCCCAAAUCUCACCAUGCUCAGUAUCCCUCCCAGCAUGGGCCUCAGGGAGUAGGUCAUAGUGACGGACGUUUGGAUCUCUCUGAUGGUGAUUAUGCUAGCGACGAGCCCAGUGGAACUGAAAAAAUGUCUGUUAAAAAGUACACCAGAUCACCUCCAAGGAAACAAGAUAUUCAAGCAAUCUCAAGACAACAAGGCAGCACAAGCAGCAGCGAUUCCAGUACUGGAAAACAAAUGGACAAGCUCAAGACUGUCAGGAGCCAGGAGCUGACUCACCCUUUGGAAUACAAUAGAGAUGAAAUUUACCCACUACAAGAAGAAAAAAAUGCUCAUAGCAAGUUCAAAGGAACAGCUAGAGUCACUGAAGAAAAUAUGAAAUCAGAAGAAAUACAAAUAUUAAAACAGCAGAUUGCGGGACUGCAGGAGGAGUUCAAGAGAAAUGAGUCCUGCUGGCAUGCUGCCUAUGGCCAGCUGAGAGACCAGGUUGAGAUGCUGACCAGGCAGAACAUGGAGCUUCGAGAUGAGCUCAGAGUUUCAGAACAUCAGAGACGGAAAGCAGAAAAAAACCCAGAAGCUGUGAUUUUCACGGACAGAAAGUCAGAGACCCCGGUACUGGAAGAUAUUAUCUGUUUAAUAGUGUCUGAAAAAUGCAGGUCUUUGCCCAUUUCAGAUAGCUCAGAAGACAUGACCCUCUCACAUAACCACAGCAACAACACUUGCAGCUUUGAACUCUACAGUAACAAUGAAGAAACAGAGCCUCUAAAAUCAAUAUUAUCUAGAAGAUCAGUGCUAUAUCAAGAAAGAAGAAAAAUUGAGGAAGAGGUGCAGGAAAAAAUAGAGCAUCAGGAUGGAAAGGUAGAAGAGGUGCUUACUGAUGGACGUCGAAUCAUCACUUUCCGCAAUGGUACUAAAAAAGAGAUCAGUGCCGACAGAAGGAUGACUACCAUCAGCUUUUCCAAUGGAGAUGUAAAGAAGAUCAUGCCAGAUCAGAGAGUGAUUUAUUAUUAUGCAGAUGCACAGACAACCCACACUGCUUAUCCAGAUGGCCUGGAGGUGCUGCAGUUCCCUAAUAAUCAGAUAGAAAAACAUUAUCCUGAUGGCACACAAGAAAUUGUGUUCCCAGAUCACACAGUGAAACGCCUGUAUAGUGACGGAUUCAAGGAAACUUUUUUCCCAGAUGGUACAGUAGUAAAAGUAGAAAAGAAUGGAGAUAAAAUCGUGGUAUUCAGUAAUGGCCAAAAGGAGGUUCACACUGCGCAAUUCAAAAGGCGGGAGUACCCAGAUGGCACUGUAAAAACUGUGUUCUGCAAUGGCAGACAGGAAACCAAGUACUCCACUGGACGAGUUCGAAUCAAAGAUGAGGAUGGUAAUAUUAUCCUAGACAAGAAGUGA